CCAGCAGCAAGGUUGGGACCGAGCAGAGGAGCCGAAGCUUGACCAAGUUCCUGGACCGAGUAGGGGAAGUGGACCACGCCAACGACGAAUCCAGGCAAAGAGCCAAACUCCUCCCCAGAUUGAUCCCAAGCUUUCAUAUCUGAGCUUCACCCCGGGUCAGAGGAUUGGUGACAUCAAUCUGGGCAAGCUGGCCGUCAAAGGCAAGUGGGAGAUGCUACGUGAGUUUGGUAAAAGAGGAAGUGGUCCAGGAAAGUUUGAUGGGGUUGUAGAUAUUACUGCUACUCAACCUGGUGAGAUUGCUGUGGCAGACUAUAGGAACAAACGAGUGGUCAUCUGCAGCAAUGAGGGACAACACAAGGGAACCAUUCCCCUACAACGUCCACUGGCAGUUGCAGCCAUCCACAAUCCUGAGCAACGCUUGCUUGUGUUGGAAGAUGGAAGCAAGUAUGUCAAGGUGUUCAACAUGAAGGACAACACUCUUGACUUCAAAUUCCCAACGGUAGCACCGAGUGAGGUUGAGGAGACACAAGUGAACCUAAAGAGCACAACAGUCAGGACAAACGGUAUUAUUUUAGUAGGAGACAUAGAAAGAAUGGUGUGGACUGAACACAGACCCACUGAUGGUGAGAUCCUACACACCAUACCAGUGCAGACUCCACCUCAAUUCCUGGCUGUUGAUGACGACACUGAUAGAGUUGUGGUCAGUGGAUUCCACACAAAGAAAGUGGAUAUUACCGACUGUAAAGGUUCUAUACACACCACCAUCAAACCAACUAUCAAUGGUGGGCCAGUGUGGUGUGAUGGUGUAUGCUGUGACAGCUCAGGCAUCUACCUUGCAGUGGACCAAGGUGCAGCUGGCACUGGUCAUAUUCACCACUAUGACCAAGAUGGCAGGUUUCUUGAUUGCGUGGAUCAGGGUCUGUGUUUCCCACUUGGAAUCACAUUCACAUCCAAUGGCCAGCUGGCAGUGGCUGAACACUACUUCAUCAAGAUGUAUCACAAGGUGUGAUGUCAUCCAACAUGACAUUGGCUAGCAAUCAUCAUCAUCCCAACAGCAAAUGUUGAGGAUGAAAUUGUCCAGUCAUUACAGCACCAAUCAACAUUCAUGUCCCAGUCAUAUCACAUCUCUCCUCAAAAAUCCAAACUGCCAGAUCCCUCUGAUGUGAACCAUUUUACCAUACAAAUUCUUAAAUAAACAGUGCAUCAAUUACAUUUUGUUACUAUACAAAGUCUUAUAUAAACAGUGAUUUGACUACAGCUACAUUAGAUUUGAUUGGGGGACAAUUUGUUUUAAUCUUACAUGCAUGAUGACUUGAAUCUAUUGUUUGUCUAAAUUAAAAGGUAAAUUUGAAAGGAGAGGGGAGUUUAGUGGGUGUUGAGGAGUUUGAAUGUAAUGACCCCCGCCUCCUCAACCCAACACCCCUCCCUCACCCAGUACAUGGAUUGCCAUCAAUCUAUCCAAUACUUACCAACUUUCUGUGGUGUUUAUAAAACCCCGGCUUCCUUGUGGCUUCCGCUUCAUCUCUGGCUCUAGAUUCCUAAGAAUCCUACCACAUUCAAACUCAGUGAAAAUGCACCAACCAACCAUUGGCCUUGUGUGACAAGAUUUUGUGUCUGUAAUGAAGAAAAUGGACCAAUAUAAAGUUUACAUCAGCGUACAAAAAUCAUGAAUCCCAAAGUCAAAGCCAGGGACAAAGCCAAGAUUUCAUAAACACAAUUAAGAUUCUUAAAUUGUUCCUGAUGGAAGUUGCUGUAUAUAUUCUGCUAUCUUUAUAAACAAGACUUGAGAAAUGUUUAGGAUCAUUUCGUUCUUGAGAUUUAACAUUCUUAACAUUUAUUUUGAAUAAUUAUAACUUUACAAAUGCAUUACUCAGUUCAAUUUUGUGUUAGGAUUAGUGUUCAAGAUAAUGCAUUACUCAGUUCAAAUAUGUGCAUAUUAGUGUUUAAGAUAAGCCUUUAUUCACUCAGUUAAUUUUGUGUUACUUUUUUGCAGUUUCAUGUACAGAUUUAAUUAAUAAAACGCUGCUUUACAAGUCAAUUGGCUUGUCCAAAUGUAUCCUAAAGAUGAGUGACAAAGCUCAUUCUAUUAAUGUGGUUUCAGAUCUUCAUUCACAGAAUGGAGAAUUGUGUUGACAGUGUUCAUGAGGUUUAUUUCUUGACCUCAUCAGAGGCUUUAAAUAGUACAAGCCAAAGCUGGAGACAUAGCCAAGAUUUCGAAAACUCCCUGGGAUUCUGAAAAUGGUUCCUAAUGGAAAAUCUACAUGUAAUCCAUUA